AUGGAACAACUACCAGGUUACAUUGAUCCUCAAAAACCCAAUCACGUGUGUCGCCUUGACAAAGCCCUUUACGGUCUCAAGCAAGCCCCACGUGCAUGGUUUCAACGUCUUAGCACGUUUCUUGUUCAACAAGGUUUCAAAUGUAGCCAAGCCGACACCUCAUUGUUCAUUUUCCAUCGUGGUGCUUGUCUUGUAUAUCUUUUGGUAUAUGUCGAUGAUAUCAUUGUCACCGGGAAUCAUGCUCCAUCCAUUCAACACUUCAUAAAAAGAUUGCAAUCUGAAUUUGCAAUUAAAGACCUAGGCAAACUCAACUAUUUUUUAGGUCUCGAAGUCUCUCACACAACGGAUGCUUUGUUUCUUAGCCAAACCAAAUAUGCUCGGGAUAUUCUCACUCGAGCAGGGCUCCUUGAUUCCAAACCCGUCGCCACACCUCUUGGCACAAAUGAUGUCUUCACAAGUCAUGGAAAACCGUUUCACGAUCCGACUUUGUAUCGGUCCUUUGUCGGCGCUCUACAAUACCUUACCAUUACACGCCCGGAUCUUUCUUAUGCCGUAAAUCAGGCAAGUCAAUUUCUCCAAUCCCCAACUGAGGACCAUUUUCAAAUGGUUAAAAGAAUCAUGAGGUAUGUUAAAGGCACUAUUACGUAUGGGUUGCGAUUUACUACUCCCACUGUCUCCAAACUUAUUGGAUAUUCAGAUGCCGAUUGGGCCCGUUGCAUCGAAACGCGUCGUUCUACAUAUGGGUACUCCAUUUUCCUUGGCGGAAACUUAGUAUCUUGGAGCGCUAAAAAGCAGCCCACUGUCUCUCGUUCCAGCUGUGAAUCUGAGUACAGGGCUAUGGCUAACACUGCAGCUGAACUCAUAUGGAUCACUCAUCUUCUGAAGGAUCUUAAUGCCUUACCAAAUGAGCGACCUACUCUGCUUUGUGACAAUCUUAGUGCCAUUUUUCUAAGUCAAAAUCCGGUUGCUCAUAAGAGAGCAAAGCACAAUGAUAUUGAUUAUCACUUUGUUAGAGAACUUGUAUCAUCCGGCAAGCUGCACACGAAGUUUUCUUUUUCGAUUGCUAUAACAAGCGACACCGUAACGAAUCAAACCGAUAUUUACUGA